CAAAGGCACGCCGGGCCUCACGUCCUUGCUUCGGGUGGAGACACAACAACCAAACAUUCACAGAAGUGGCACAUUUCAGUGUAAAGGGCACCCCGAUUUCACCAGUGUUCCAGCGGCUCAACCUGUCUUCCAGUACAUUGCAGUGGGAUGGAGCUAGCCCACAGCCUGUUACUCAACGAAGAUGCCCUGGCUCAGAUUACAGAGGCCAAGAGGCCAGUGUUUAUCUUUGAGUGGUUACGCUUUUUGGACAAGGUUCUUGUUGCUGCUAACAAGGUGGAUGUGAAGGAAAAGCAGAAGAAGCUGGUGGAGCAGCUGACUGGCUUGAUCAGCAGUGCUCCGGGCCCCCCGACCAGGAAACUGCUGGCCAAAAACCUGGCCACUCUCUACAACAUCGGGGACACCUUCACUGUCUUCCAGACGCUCGACAAGUGCAAUGAUAUCAUCAAGAGCAAGGACGACACGCCCGCUUACCUGCCAACCAAGCUUGCUGCGGUGGCCUGUGUCGGAGCCUUUUACGAGAAGAUGGGCAGAAUGCUGGGCAGCUCCUUUCCCGAUACUAUCAACAACCUUUUGAAGGCACUGAAAAGUGCAGAGUCUCAAGGCCGUGGGGAAAUUCUGCUCAGCUUACAGAAGGUCCUGAAUGGCCUCGGAGGGGCAGCAGCGUCUUGUCAUCGGGACAUUUACAAAAACGCCCGCUCUUUGCUCACCGACAGGUCCAUGGCAGUGCGAUGUGCGGUCGCCAAGUGCCUGCUGGAGCUACAGAAUGAAGCUGUGUUCAUGUGGACCACUGAGCUGGAAAAUGUGGCCACGCUGUGCUUCAAGGCUCUUGAAGGCUCUAACUACGGCGUCCGUGUAGCGGUGGCAAAACUUCUGGGGACAGUGAUGGCCACUGCUUUGAUGCCUAAGCAAGCCGCUGUGAUGCGUCAGAACGUGAAGCGGGCCACGCUGGAGGAGGUGCUGGAGCUGAUGGCCACAGGGUUCCUGCGGGGCGGCUCGGGUUUCCUCAAAAGCGGCGGGGAGAUGCUGAAAGGGGGUGGAUCUGUCAGCAGAGAGGUGCGAGUGGGAGUCACUCAGGCCUACGUGGUCUUUGUCACCACGCUUGGCGGCCAGUGGCUGGAGAGGAACUUUGCCACUUUCCUGUCCCACGUGCUGGACCUGGUGUCCCACCCCCGCGCCACGCAGACUCACGUGGAGGCGGUCUACUCGCGCCGCUGCGUCUCCUUCAUGCUGCGCGCCACGCUGGGCGGCCUGCUGGGCGAAAAGGCCCAGAUCGCAGCCGGCAAGGAGAUAUGCCAGGCCAUCAGCAAACAGAUGAGAGCCGUUGAAGCGGUGGUGAACGACGCCAGCAGCGAGAACAAGGCGGGGGCGGCGGACGUGUCGGCGAGUCAGCACGUGAUGGUGUGCGCGCUCAAGGAGCUGGGCAGCCUGGUGCAGAGCCUCAGCGCCACUGCCUCGCCUCUGAUACAGGAGCCCUCCAUCGGCCUUCUGGAGACGGUCAGCUCUGUGCUCCUUCACCCCAGCAUGGCUGCCCGGCUGGCGGCUGCCUGGUGCCUGCGCUGUGUGGCCGUGGCCCUGCCCUACCAGCUCACUCCGCUGCUGGACCGCUGCGCCGAGCGCAUCAACAACCUGAAGGCCUCGCCGGAGGCCGUGAGCGGGUACAGCUUCGCCAUGGCAGCCCUGCUGGGGGGCGUACACCAGUGUCCCCUGGGCAUUCCCCAUGCCAAGGGAAAGAUGGUGGUGAGCAUUGCAGAAGACCUUCUUCGGACUGCUGCGCAGAACAGCCGCCUGUCCCUCCAGCGCACACAAGCUGGGUGGCUGCUCCUAGGGGCACUGAUGACUUUAGGCCCCUCCCUCGUGCGGUACCACCUUCCCAAGAUGCUGCUUCUAUGGCGGAACGUCUUUCCGCGCUCUCAGAAGGAGCUGGAGGCGGAGAAGGCCCGAGGAGAUUCCUUCACCUGGCAGGUCACCCUGGAGGGCCGUGCUGGCGCACUCUGUGCCAUGCGGAGUUUUGUGGCUCACUGCCCUGAGCUCCUGACUGAGGAUGUGAUCCGCAGAUUGAUGACGCCCAUCGAGUGUGCAAUGACGAUGAUGUCUCACAUUCCUUCAGUGAUAAAAGUGCAUGGCGCCCACCUGAAGGCCAGUGCUGCCAUGGUUCGCCUGAGGCUCUAUGACAUCUUGGCUUUGUUACCCCCCAAGACAUAUGAAGGAAGUUUCAGUGCUCUCCUGCGGGAGCUGGUCGCAGAGUUCACACUGACUGAUAACUCCGCCAACACCACCACCUCUCUGCUGCGGUCACUGUGUCACUACGAUGACAGCGUGCUCAUGGGCUCCUGGUUGCAGGAGACAGAUCACAAGUCCAUUGAAGAUCAGCUGCAGCCCAACAGCGCCUCGGGGAGCGGUGCUCUUGAACACGACCCCUCUUCCAUUUACCUGCGGGUGCCUGCAGGCGAGGCCAUCCCCGGCCCCCUGCCUUUGGGGGUUUCGGUCAUCGAUGCCUCUGUGGCUCUCUUUGGGGUCGUCUUCCCUCACGUCUCCUUUAAGCACAGGCUCCAGAUGCUGGAUCACUUUGCUGAAUGUAUCAAGCAGGCUAAGGGCGUUCGGCAGCAAGCUGUACAGCUCAAUAUAUUCACUGCAGUGCUCAGCGCUCUCAAGGGCUUAGCAGAGAAUAAAAGCAGCCUCGGUCCCGAAGAGGUGCGGAAAUCUGCCCUGGCCCUGGUGAUGGGCGCCCUGGACAACCCCAACCCCAUCCUGAGGUGUGCCGCUGGGGAAGCCCUGGGCCGGAUGGCACAGGUGGUGGGUGAAGCCACCUUCAUCGCUAGGAUGGCUCAGUACAGCUUUGACAAGCUGAAGUCCGCCCGGGAUGUGGUCUCAAGGACAGGCCACUCAUUGGCGCUGGGCUGUCUUCAUCGGUACGUGGGAGGGAUUGGGUCGGGACAGCACCUCAAGACCAGCGUCAGCAUCCUGCUAGCACUGGCACAGGAUGGAACCUCCCAUGAGGUCCAGACAUGGGCCCUGCACUCCCUGGCUCUGAUCGUGGACUCCAGUGGGCCCAUGUACCGAGGUUAUGUGGAGCCCACGCUGUCCCUGGUGCUGACUCUCCUGCUCACUGUGCCCCCGUCGCACACCGAGGUGCACCAGUGCCUCGGCCGCUGCCUGGGAGCCCUCAUCACCACCGUGGGGCCUGAGCUGCAAGGUAACAGCGCCACUAUAUCCACCAUCCGCUCGUCAUGCCUGGUAGGCUGUGCCAUCAUGCAGGACCACUCUGACUCGCUGGUUCAGGCGGCUGCCAUUUCCUGCCUGCAGCAGCUGCACAUGUUCGCCCCACGCCACGUCAACCUCUCCAGCCUGGUGCCUUGUCUCUGUGUGCACCUUUGCAGCUCCCACUUAUUGCUGCGGAGGGCGGCGGUGGCGUGCCUGAGACAGCUAGCACAGAGGGAAGCGGCAGAGGUGUGUGCGUACGCCAUGAGUUUGGCCAAGAAGGCUGGCGACAGCAAGGACAGCACCGUCAUUAACCUGAAUAUUACAGAGACUGGGCUGGAGGGAGUACUUUUCGGCAUGCUGGACAGGGAGACCGACAAGAAGCUCUGCUCCGAUAUUCAUGACACCUUGGGUCACAUGUUGUCCUCUCUGGCUGUGGAAAAGCUGUCUCAUUGGCUAAAACUCUGCAAGGAUGUUUUGGCAGCCUCUACAGAUAUCGGGGCUGCUGUCCCUGUGGAAGCCGGGAAGGAGGAGGAGGACUCGGAGAAGAAGGAUGAGAUGGACGAUGACAUCAUGUUCACUGCCCUGGGGGAGGACAAUAAGUCAAAGCCCUCUGUCGCCCCCCGCUGGGUGACGCGUGUCUUUGCCGCAGACUGCCUGUGUCGUAUCAUCCUACUGUGUGAGAACGCGGACAAAGCCCACUUUGACCUGGCCGCUGCCCGUUCAUCUAAGGUCAAGAAUCCCAAAGGUGACCUGCUGGUGCUCCACCUCUCUGACCUCAUCCGCAUGGCCUUCAUGGCCGCCACAGACCACAGUAACCAGCUGCGCAUGGCUGGCCUGCAGGCUCUGGAGGACAUAAUCAAGAAGUUCGCAGCUGUCCCGGAGCCAGAGUUCCCAGGGCACGUCAUAUUGGAGCAAUACCAGGCCAAUGUUGGAGCUGCCUUGCGACCAGCUUUUUCACAAGACACUCCCUCUGACAUAACAGCAAAGGCAUGCCAGGUGUGCAGCGCGUGGAUCGGCAGCCGGGUGGUGAGUGACCUGAACGACCUGCGGAGGGUCCACAACCUGCUGGUGUCCUCGCUGGACAAGGUGCAGGCUGGGAAGGGCUCUUCUUGCCAGCUGUACAGCGAGAGCGCCACCACCAUGGAGAAGCUGGCUGUGCUAAAGGCUUGGGCCGAGGUGUACGUGGUGGCAAUGAAGAUCAAGAAGGAAGCGGAGAACAAGCCCCCCAAGGCUGUGCAGGGAGGCGAGGAAGAGGAGGAGGAUGUGGGGACGGUGGACGUGCUCUCUCCUGACAGCCUCAUCACCCUGGUGCAGCCGGAGCUGCCUGCCCUCAGCCGCCUGUGGCUCGCCGCCCUCCGGGACUACGCCUUGCUGACCCUGCCUGCUGAGUUCGCCAGCCAGCUGCCUCCUGACGGUGGAGCAUUCUACACCCCUGAGACAAUCGACACAGCUCGGCUCCAUUACCGUAACUCCUGGGCUCCGAUCCUGCAUGCUGUAGCUCUGUGGCUGAACAGCACAGGCUUUAGUGCUGGCGACACUACAGAUGACACCCCUCCCAACUCAGCACGGGGUCCGGCGGCCACUGUUUUCAGCUCUGCCUCUGGAACAUCUCCAGCAACCAAAAAGCCAGAGGAUCUGGUGAAGGAUAGAAUGCAUCUGCUGUUGGGUGUCAGUAUUGAGUUCUUGUGCUUUCCCAGACCGGAAGAGCCUAUUGAACAUGUCAUGUCCUGUUUGCAAGCCCUGUGUACUCUACUAGAUUCUUCCCAAGCUCGAACUCACAUUGCAGAGGAUCAGAUGCUGGGAGUGGAGCUCCUGAACGUGCUGCACCGGCUUCUCCUGACCCGGGACCCACCCUCUGUGCAACUGGAAGUCACCAGCGUGGUCAGGGAGACCCUCCGGGCGGCACAGGACUACCUGCAGGAGCAGAGGAACACCAUGAGUAAGGAGGAUGCCAGUGAGAAGGAUGCCGCCUGCACGCUGGGGGAAGGGGGGGACACGGGGGGGCUGGUCCCUGGAAAAUCCUUGGUGUUUGCUGCCAUGGAGCUGCUGGUGUUUAUUCUAGUCCGGCACCUCCCCCAGCUCAACACCAAAGUCAUGGACUCUCCCAGCCACUUACCCUACAAACCCCAGCGCCUGCCAGAGGACAGUGCCAGGCUGGUGGCUGCCACAGUCACCAUCCUCGCAGACCUGCCGGCUCUCUGCUCCCCAGCAGGGAGCAUGACCAUCUUGCCCACAAUUCUUUUCCUGAUCACGGGUGUGCUGAGAGAGACCGCCGUGAAGACGGCGGACAGCCAGGUGCCCCCUCCCGUCUCUGCUGCUCUGCAGGGCAUAAAGACCAUCAUCACCUCUCCCCUGGCCAGAGUGGAGAAGACACGCCAGCAGUGGACAGGCCUGGUCCGCAGCAGCCUGGCGUCUGUCCUGGAGUACUCCCAGCCAGAUGAGUCCAGGCCCAACAUGGAUGAAGUGAGCAUGCUCACAGCCAUCACCCUCUUCCUGCUGUCCGCCAGUGCGGAGAUAGUUGGCGUGACGUCCUUGCAGAAUGGCUGCAUGAACAGGUUCAAGAACGCCUUGAAUUCCAGUGACCCCUGGGUGCAGGCCAGGUGCUACCAGCUGAUGCUGUCCGUGUUCCAGCACUCGAGCAGGGCUCUCUCCACCCCCUACAUCCACGCCCUGGCUCCUCUGCUGGUGGAGAAGCUGAAGGCCGUGGAGAGGAGCAGGCCAGGCAGCAGCGUGGAGCUGCAGGCCAUUCAGGAGGGAGUUAGAGUCCUUGAAAACCUGGUUGCUAUGGGAGAGGAGCAGAACAGAGUUCAGCUUCUUGCUCUCUUAGUCCCUACCCUCAUUUCCUAUCUUCUGGAUGAGAAUGCGUACAGUUCGGCUAACCCAGCCUCCAAAGGCCUGCACGAGUUCGCGCUGCAGGACCUGAUGCGAAUCGGGCCCUUGUACCCCAGCGCCUUCAAGACGGUCGUAGGGGCCGCCCCGGAGCUGAAGACCCGGCUGGAGACGGCCAUCCGAGCCAGCCAGGCCAGCAGCAAGGCCAAGGCGGCUGUCAGGCAGACCCAGCCUGCAGUACAGGUCGCCCCCACCAUCAAACUCAAGACCAGCUUCUUCUGAGAGGAUCCUGCCUACCGAGACGUGGCCCUACAGCACCAGUGUGCAGAUCUGUCCCCCCCCAAAUACCCCUUACCGCAAACACUAAGCACCAAAUACCUGUUUCCUGGAAGGAGUUUCACAAGGUUUGCCUGGGCUGGGGUUUUUAUUCAUGUCUGUGUGCGUUUCUCCCUCCUAUUUCUUUGCCGGAUCUCGUAUGUUCUUCUUUCACAAAGAAGUGACGUCAGAGCUACAAUUCUGCCAGAACUGAAGGAUGUGUAAUCUGUGCUUUAACAAUGAUUUAGAAAUGAACUGUAGAUGACACUCCUAACUCUUCGCUAGCUCAAGACCAAGGGCUUACUUUGAAGGGGAUGGAAUCUAAUACAAUAUUACUGUAGGUUCACGUCUGAUUUUCAAAAGGGAGUUCUUAAAUAUAAUGGGACAUUCUCUCUACUUCAGUAGGCUAUAACUCCUUUUUAUAGACAUUAAUGAUUUAUUGAACAAUGUUACCGUUCUAAAGUAAAAGUACAAAGUACUGAUCAGAUGAACCAUAGCAAUUUUAAAAUGGAUCUUAAUUAGGCCUUUAUUUUGGAUUGAUAAUCAUAUUAGGUUUUAAAUAUCACAAAAGUAUGUACAAAUGUAGUAUUUUUUUAUUUCUUAUUAUUUAAUCUGAAUUCCCUGACUAGAUAACAUUUCUUUACAUCUAAUUUAAAUUUAAUUAACUUCUAAUUGCAAAAAUGUUAUUCCUUAUUUUUUAGUUUUCUUUGUAAGAGAAUCUGACGUUUGCAUGUAUCUUACCACUCACUUAGAACACCUGAAAGACAUCAAUUCAUCCUGUGUAGCAUGUUUUUUGGAAGUGCAUUAUCACUUUAGUUGAAAGCAUUGCAAACCUCACAUUAUUACUUUUCCUACCUCAGGCAGAUGGAUAAGACCAUGAAGAAACAUUGUAAUGCAGGAUAUCUCAGUUUAUAUCUUUAUUUAGUUACAUGGUUUCCAUUUCUGACAUGUUUUCAAGAUUGAGGGGUUUCAUAGUCCUGUGGAGUGGGUCAGAGGUUGCAAUGUGUGCUAAGGCAGUAGAUUGCCUUUCCUGCAGCUUUCCUCAUAAGCUAAAAGGAAGUGCUCUUCUGUUAUUGAGUAGCCUUCUGUUCUAAAUAUCAAGGUAUUAGUUUCAUUGAUAUCUCUUCUUGAAUUCUUUCCACUGUGUUUUUGUCACCCGUCAACAAUGUUAAAGUGUAACAAAAUCACGUGCCUAUUUGUCCCCUGCAGUACUACAGGUCAGGUAGGCCAUUAACAUGAUUAUUCUGCUGUGGUUUUAAAUUUCUUGGACAUUAGUUGCGAGCGAAAAAGACAUCUGAAGAUUGAAGUAAUCAGCUUUUUACCGAAAUGUGAUCUUUACCUGGACUUUUCUUUUUUUUUAACAAGAUUUUGGAUGUUUAAAACAGCAAAUCAAUGUAUAUAGUGAAGAGAAAGACCAAACCAUCACAGUUUCAACCCUCUGUUCUUUUCAUCAGCAAAUGUUUAGUUAAACACUUACUUUAUGCAAAUCAAAAUGACAAAAAUAUAUGCAUAUACAGUUAUAAGAGAAAGUUACAUUCAUUUAUCUGGUAUCAUGUAGAGAGCACCGUUGUUAAAUGCAUUGAAAGCAUUAAUUGUCUUUCAUUAUUUGUUGUGUCUUAUUUUCAUGCAUCUUUGAUUUUCAGUGGGUGUAUACAUUGAAAACAUUUUUUACUGUGACCUUUCUGUCAUUUCCAAUGCUAGGGAUGCCCAGGCUGGUCAUCUUACUGUAAUUUGUGCAAUAAAGUAAGUUAAAAAAACA